AUCAACUUCCGGUGUCACGGGGUGCCUGGGAGACGGAGCAAAAAAGCGGGCAUACCGAAAUCUUUCUUGUUUUCACUUGGCUUAAAGCAUUUGAAAGCGUGUAUAUUUGACCUAUAAAGUCAAACAACUGCGCCUCGUUGGCCAGUGACCCCGUGGGAUUUGCUUUUGGCUUUGAAUACAGCCUCAUUCAUUCGGCUUUCGUUGUAGCUAGUUCGCUAACUAGCGUCCACACCAGCGUCUGGAGCAGCAGGCCCAUUCUUCUGGACUUUGCUACAAGCUAGUUAGCUAACAGUAGCAGGCUAACCCAUGCGAACACGUUUUCUUUCUCAAUGAUUUUGUCUGUUACGUUAUAAAUAUAUACCACACCGCUAAUGUGUGUGCUGGUUAACUAUUUUUGGUAGUUAUUUUGUUAACGAGGGUGCUAGUUGAAGCAACCUUAAUUGAGCUAACGUCAACGAGGCGCUUGUUUUUUGUUUUUUUUUUAAGUGUUGUUCACUUUGUUGCUAGCUUAAGCUAGCCAUCACCAACUGAACAACGCAGUCGCUGAACGCGUAACUUCGCAGCCUUCAACUCACAGAGAUGUCGGACUUCGACGAAUUCGAAAGACAGCUCUCUGAAAACAAACAAGGUCAGUUAUUUUACCAGAGUCUUUCAGAUGUAAGCUCUGAAAGGGACAAAGAGAACCGCCACCACCGCCGGUCCUCCUCCCGCAGCCGUAGCAGAGAGAGGAAAAGGAGGAGCAGAGACAGGGAUAGACGUAGUAGGGACCGUCGUGGGGACAGUAAGGAGCGCAGACACAGACGCAGCUCACCAACCAGCUUCCCCCAGGACAAUGCUGGAAGCCGUUCUCCACACCGUGAGAAGAAGAAGAAGGUGAAGAAGUACUGGGAUGUCCCUCCACCUGGUUUUGAACACAUCACCCCCAUGCAGUACAAAGCCAUGCAGGCUGCAGGCCAGAUCCCAGCCACAGCCCUCCUGCCGACCAUGACUCCAGAUGGCCUGGCUGUUACUCCCACCCCUGUACCUGUAGUGGGCAGCCAGAUGACCAGGCAGGCCCGCCGGCUCUACGUGGGCAACAUCCCCUUUGGUAUCACAGAGGAGUCAAUGAUGGACUUCUUCAAUGCCCAAAUGCGUUUGGGUGGUCUUACUCAGGCCCCUGGAAACCCUGUCCUUGCAGUACAGAUCAACCAGGAUAAGAAUUUUGCCUUCCUUGAGUUUCGUUCAGUGGAUGAAACGACACAGGCCAUGGCCUUUGAUGGCAUCAUCUUUCAAGGCCAAAGUCUCAAGAUUCGUCGUCCCCAUGAUUACCAGCCACUGCCUGGCAUGAGCGAGAACCCCAGUGUCUAUGUGCCUGGUACACAGACAAUUAAUGGUGUGGUGUCCACUGUGGUGCCUGACUCUGCUCACAAGCUCUUCAUUGGCGGCUUGCCCAACUACCUGAAUGAUGACCAGGUGAAGGAGUUGUUGACAUCAUUUGGCCCCCUGAAGGCUUUCAACCUGGUGAAGGACAGUGCCACAGGCUUAUCUAAAGGAUAUGCCUUUUGUGAAUAUGUUGAUGUCAACCUUAAUGACCAGGCUAUUGCUGGGCUGAAUGGCAUGCAGCUGGGAGACAAGAAACUCCUGGUGCAGAGAGCCAGUGUGGGAUCCAAGAACGCCACUCUGACAAGUAUAAACCAGACCCCAGUGACACUGCAGGUUCCAGGUCUUAACAGCUCAGUUACUCAGAUGGGUGGCCUCCCUACUGAGGUGCUGUGUCUGAUGAAUAUGGUGGCACCGGAGGAGCUGCUGGAUGAUGAUGAAUAUGAGGAGAUUGUGGAGGACGUGAGGGAUGAGUGCAGCAAGUACGGCCAAGUAAAGAGCAUUGAGAUUCCUCGACCUGUAGACGGCCUGGAGGUGCCUGGGACUGGCAAGAUCUUUGUGGAGUUCAUGUCAGUUUUUGACUCCCAGAAGGCCAUGCAGGGUCUGACAGGAAGGAAGUUUGCCAACAGGGUGGUGGUUACCAAAUACUGCGAUCCAGACGCUUAUCAUCGCCGGGACUUCUGGUAGAGGAGGCAUGAAGAGAAGAGGGGGUGGGGGAGGGGGGUGGGAACGUGUACUGUCCAUUUCCAAAUCAGCCCCCUGAUUGAUUUGGUAGAACAACAUUUCAGGUAGAUCUGAGAGUAUUAAUCGUUUGACAAAUACUUUGGUGAUAUCCUGUAUACCACUUUGAGAUCUAAGUGAAAUGUCCUGCAGUUGAAACAGAUAUUUUGAAUUGGAAAAGGAGAAAAAAGCUGGAGGGUUUAUAUACAGUCCGUAACAGAGGGAGCUGGGGUGGGGGGGGGGGGGUGGGGGGGUCAAAAGAUUUUUGAGAAAUGUGUGUAAUAAUAGGUCCAGGGUGGGGUCAACAAUUUUUUUUAUACUUUGUGAGACAUGGAUGUCAUUUUGGGUGGGAGGGGGGUACCACUCUCUAAGGUUUGUAUUUAAAUGGAGGUCGCCUGUUUUAAGUACAUAAAUGUUGGAGUAGGGAACUAACUGGACUAUUGUGAUUGAGAAGAGUGAUGGAGAAAACAGGAGUGUUCAUUUGUGAAAGGGAGAUGUGGGGCAGAUGGAGAGGAAGAUGAGGGCAUUUUGUUUGGUCAUCUAAUGUAGAUAUACAGUAUCUGUAACAUCCACUUCAGUUUUGCCACCACCUUUAGAAAGGCGAGAGGAGAGUCCUCAUUUUUGAUUUGAUUUUUCCCCGUUUGGACUCAUUACUUCAAGUUCCUUCAUUUUCAUGUGACUACUGCCCCCCUCAGGACGAUUGUUAGAGAAUCUGUUGUCUAAUUGGACUCUAUCUGAAUGUUAACUGUAAUUGUUCCAAUACUGUGUGUAGCUUCACUGAUUUGAGCUGUAAUAUCACCUUGUAUUCAGGCCGCAGAAUAACAUGAACAGCAGAAAAGAACGUUUUCAAUUAUGCUAGUUUGAUUUUCUUUUCUAUUUUGUGUAACUUUAUUUCAUGUCCAUCUUUUGUGCACAGCUUUUAACAGGUGAGAUUGUUUUGUGUCAGCAGUUCAGUCCUGAUUUAAUUCAAGAGGGAAAUAAACAAAAGGAAGAUGUUGGAGAACAGAUUGGCAUUUAAUUGGGGAUUUAUCUCUUCCUUACCAAAACGCCUUAAUGUUGUUACAUGUCAAUUCGCUAGAAAAAGAAAUUCGGCUUGCCACUCUAUCAUUGAUGUCUGUAUGUUCAUAGAUGUCAUAAUCUUGUACUUUACCUUUCAUUACCAAUUUUCCUUUCCCAGCAGAUUUGGGAUGUAAGGUGUGUUGGGCCCGGUUGUUUCUUUGUGCAACUUCUCACCUCUUUGACAAGACCAAAUAAACACGUGACUAAUA